UGUGUUGUAAAAAAAAGUGAUUUUAUGAUUUCUAUUGUGGUUGAGGAUAACUUUAUGGUUGACCAUAUUGUAUCAUUAUGAUAACAAUUAUUUAACAAUACAAUAUAAGUAUUAAUAGCAAUAUACUUAUUAUAUUAUACCUAGCCAGUAGCCUAUAAAUAAAUUCAUAACCUUUAGGCAAAAGGUAAUUGCCAUAUUAAAUAAUUUAAUAAUAAUUAAUAACGUUUUCUUUAACAACAAUUUAUCCAAAUCGUUAUUCGUAUAAUGGUUUGAAUCGUAUUUUGUCAAUGUUAUGAAUUCACAAUUAGUAAGUUGUAAAUACUAUAAGUAACUAGUUCUAAUAGUUCAGUGAUUUAUGGUUCGGCGUGCACACAACAUCCAUGAUUUUGAAUUCUUUAAUCAACAAAUUAGCAUUAUUUUUAUAUUUCUACAAAUCUACUAAUUAAAUUGAUAAUUUGAAGUGAUUGUUUUGAUAACAUGUCCACCGAAAACUGCAAUAAAUUUGAAUGUGAUGAGUGUAUGAAGACAUUUUCAAAAAAAAAUAAUUUGAAUGAUCAUAUUUUAGCAAAACACUCAAACAACUCAAAAAAAUAUGUUUGCUCAAUUUGUAAGAAAUCAUUUGCUUACAAACAGUCAUUCAACAGGCAUAUGAAUGUUCAUAAAGUAGCAACUUCUGUUUACUCGUGUUCUGAAUGUGGCUAUAGUUCUCAGUUAAAAUUCAUGCUAACACGGCACAUUAAAAGUGUCCAUCUGAAUAAAAAUGAUAGUCUUUUUAAAAUAUCUUGUGUGUUUUGCAAUCACCGUUGCUCCAAAAGUAAUUUAUCUGCACAUUAUGUACUCUGCCAUCCAACAGAAAUUGUUAGUGAACAAUUAAAAUUUGAUAGUUUAGAUGAAUUUUAUGCGUGGAAGUAUGAAGUUGAAGAGCAAGAUAUUAGUAGGUUUGUAAAAGCUCGCACGACCUAUGUUGGUAUAUCUGGUUCAAAACACUUAUUUUUUAAAUGCCAUCGUGAUGGAAAGUAUAAGCCUAAAGGCAAUAACAUUAGAAAAUUAAAGGCAUUAGGUACCAAUAAGAUUGGUUCAUAUUGUCCAGCUAGAAUGGAUGUAAUGGUUGAAGGCAAUGAAGUUAGUGUACUGUAUAUUAAAACACACAUUGGCCAUGAUUUAGAACCAAAACGUUUGACUCUAGCCAAAAAUGAAAAAGAUUUCCUAGCUGAACAAUUAACAAUGCCUAAUACCAAUUACAAUGAUAUUCUAAAUGUUGUUAAAACCUUAAAUUCAACAAGUCGUUUGCAUCAUUUAACUAGAAAAGAUUUAGUUACAAUUAAUAGUUCUAUAAAAGAGGCGGCAAAAAGAAAUAAUACCAUGAUUAAAAACAAUGAUAAACUAGUUGAUACAGUAGAAAUUAACAAUGUUUUUGAUGGUGAUCUGGUAGAGUUAUUUAAUGAUCAGAAUAACAAAAAGUCACCACUAGUAUUAAAUUCAGAGAAUGAUUGUAUGGGAUCUGAGAAACAAGAUGUUGUUGAUGUAAAUAACACACUAUUGACUUCAGAUCAUUUAGACUUAAAAAAUAGUUAUACAAAUAAAAUUCAACCUUUAUACGAAUUAAAUGUUGAACAGCAAAUAAUUGAGUCAAAUGAACAAAUACCAAUUUUAGAGUUUAAUCAUGAAAUAUUAGAAGAUAAUCAAGUUAUAGAUUACCAACAACAACUAACAAAUAUUGAAAAUGAGAGAAUUAGUAUAAUGGAAAAAAUGAAGUUAAUAGUCAAUCAAAUUACUUGUAAUGAUGAAUUUGCCAUAGUUCAUCAAGGGCUAAUGAAUAUAAUGAGCACAAUUGAUGAACGAAGGAAUGCAAUUGAUCAAGCUGUAGUCAACGGGGAUUUAGACAAUAUUAUGAUAUUUGAUGAAAGUAUUUUACAAAAACAAUGCCAGUAGUAUCAGAUUUUCCAUUUUCCCCUGCUUGUUGUUUCAUGUCACUUGGUUUUAAAAUUUCUUGCUUCAAUAAUUUUUCGGUACUUAUAUCAUACAAUUAUGAGAAUUCCUAUUGUACAAUUAUCUUGGGACAGUA